CUUGGAGCACAACAUGAAAAGGAAUCCUUAUCCUACACAUGUUCCAGCUGGCACCACGCAUCUGAGAAAUGUUUAACCACACGGCUGGAGAGAGCGGGUCGUUUCAUGGCAGUAUGGGCUACUUUACAGUAAUUCUAUAUAGGGUUAAAUAUCAAUCUCCAUCAAUGAGUACACAGGAGAAGGGGAGAUGAGCUAUUAUUAAAAGUUCAAAGGACUUUGUUCCUAGUUUCAUAACUCUGAUCAUCUUUCAUAGUCGUUACCACUGAGCGCUCCUAUUGGCCAACUCCUUGCACCCACCUUUGCUGUGCAGAAUAUAAAAAGGGAGAUGUCUGAAAUACAAAUAAUCCCUGAACCAUUGCUACACCCGACAAUGGACCCGCUGGGAACAACCACUCUGUUCCUGGUCAUUUGUGUCUCUUGCCUUCUCUUUCUCUUCACGUGGAGAAAGACGCCUGGAAGUGGGAAGCUGCCACCUGGGCCUGUUGCUUUACCCCUCAUUGGAAACAUGCUGCAGCUGAGAGAGAAGAGCUUGUCCCAGCAUCUAGACGAGCUCAGUAGAACGUACGGCUCGAUUUUCACGAUCUACUUGGGCUCCGAGCGGGUUGUGGUGCUGCAUGGAUAUGAGGCAGUGAAGGAAGCUCUGGUCGAUCUUGGGGACGAGUUCAGCAGAAGAGGAAAAAUACCACUAUUUGAAAAAGCUACCAAGGGAACGGGUAUUGGUUUCACCAAUGGGGAGCCGUGGAAGCAGCUCCGGCGAUUUGCCCUUAUGACCCUGAGAGACUUUGGGAUGGGGAAGAAAAGCAUUGAGGAGCGGAUCCAGGAGGAAACCCGUUUUCUGGUGGAAAGACUCAGAAACACGCACGAGCGGUCCUUUGACCCCAGCCUCCUCCUCGCCCACGUCGUCUCCAAUGUCAUCUGCUCCAUCGUCUUCGGGGACCGGUUUGACUAUGAAGAGGAGAACUUUGUUACUUUAAUUAAUCUCAUAUUGGAAAAUGGCAAAGUCCAGCAGGAUCCUUGGAUAGUGCUGUACAAUUUUUUCCCAACACUCAUGGAUUACGUUCCUGGACCUCACCAAAGGCUAUUUAAAUUAUUUGAUGAGUUCAGAAGCUUUGUUGGGGAGAGAGUGAACACACAUAAAGCGUCUCUGGAUCCCAAUUGCCCUCGGGACUUCAUCGAUGCUUUCCUCAUCAAAAUCCAAGAGGGGCAAAAGAAUGGCGACACAAUAUUUACAGAAGAAAGUAUGCUACAAAGUACAGUUGGGUUAUUUUUCGGUGGAACAGGAAGCGUCAGCCACACCCUAUGCUUUGGACUCCUGGUUCUUCUGAAAUUCCCAGAAAUAGAAGCGAAAGUUCACGAAGAGAUUGACAGUGUGAUUGGCCGAAGCCGAAGCCCCGGCAUGGCGGAUCGAAGCCAGAUGCCCUACACAGAUGCCGUGGUACAUGAAAUCCAGAGAUUCCUUGCACUUGCGCCUAUAGGUUUCCCACAUGCUGUGGCUAGAGAUGUUCAUCUCAGGCAGUACGUGAUUCCCAAGGGCACCACGAUAUUCCCUGUCCUGAAGUCAGUUCUAUAUGACAGCAGGGAAUUUCCAAACCCAGAGCAAUUCAACCCAGGACACUUCCUGGACGAAAAUGGUGCCUUUAAGAAAAGCGAUUUCUUCAUGCCGUUUUCUGCAGGGAAACGGAUUUGCUUGGGAGAGGGCCUGGCUCGCAUGGAGCUCUUUUUGAUACUCACGGCGAUUUUACAGAACUUCACCCUGAAACCAAUUGUUGAACCCAAAGAUAUUGAUAUUAUUCCAGCAUCAUCAUCUGUGGGCAAUCAUCCAAAACCAUAUCAGCUCCGUGUACUUUGUCGGUAAAGGUUACCUCAGUACACGGGGAGUGCAUCUGGAAGGCACAGAAAUGCAGUGUCUGUUCACAGCAGAGGUAGAUGCACCACUGAAUGCUGAGGUCAUGUUGGCCUCACCUCUUCCCUUCCCCAUC